UCGUUGGCGUAUACGUCCAUACCAUGCUCCAACGACACACUCUAUAGAUCUACACUCCGAAAACAAUCAAACUGCGCCGCUACGAUGAAGUGCCUCAAAUCAGAAGAAUGUACCGGCAAGGGUCUAGUCGUAGUCUUCGCCUCGUUCUUGAUUCAUCUAUUCAUGGCAGCAAUCACAAAGUGCACGGGGGUUCUCUUUUCGUCUUUCCAGACCGAGUUCAUGAGCACCACUGCGCAGACUGGGGCCAUCUCGAGCAUCAUGUCGGCUAGUUCCUUCUUCGGAUGCACUAUUGGCGGUGCAGUGGCGAAUCGCUUUGGGUGCCGCAUCGCGAUAGUAGUUGGUGGCUUGCUCACUAUCGCGGGAAUGAUUGGUUGCGCUCUGACCAGACACAUCUAUCAAAUGUAUGUCUUGGGCGCUUUGGCAGGUAUUGGAAACGGGGUAGCCUACACCCCAGCUGUUGUUAUAGUUGCUCAGUACUUCCAGAAAUAUUACUCCUUGGCGGCCUCCUUUAUGACCACGGGGGAUAGCAUAGGAAUUAUGUUGUUUGGUCCACUGAUGCAGCUGUUUUUGGACACGUACGGCUGGAGGGGAACGUUGCUGGUAACCGGGGCAGUUACAGCUAACAUCUGCGUGGCUGGUGCAGUGUGCCGGCCAAAUACACGUCUGCUUAAAGCACGCGAGAGCGAGAGCAGAGAUAGUUGCAGGAAUAUACCGUUAAAUGAGCGAGGCAGUCUUGAACUGCAAGUGAUAACUCAUCCCGAACAAACGGAUCCACAGCCCAUAGCGAUGUCGCAAAGCAGUGGUAAGAGGAGAAACAACUUAUGUGUACACGUAGCGUUUUUCUGGACCGGUGUUGUGAAGAUGUUCCGACUGAAUUUACUUUGCCAAAGCUACCGCUUUUCACUGUUUUGCUUUGCACAAAGUGUGUAUGUUGCAUCGCUCGGAUGCUAUCUCAUUUAUCUCAUCCCGCGCGCAACCGGUUCGUCCGGUGUGUCCGACCGGGAGGCGUCCUUUCUCCUCAGCGUGGUCGGAAUAAGUGGUCUGGUAGGGCGGCCUUUCUGUGGACUCCUCAACCAAAAGGUGUCAUCAGAGGUUAUCUAUGACGUGUCUAUGGUGGUCUGCGCAUGCGCUGUCCUGGUGGCACAGUUUGGCACCUACGGCCAUUUUGUGUUCUCUGCCGCCGUGUUCGGGUUCGCGAUUGGGUUCCAACGCACCAUUUCGCCGGUCUUGAUGCGGGAAUACGUCGGUAUGGAUAAUUUGGGGUCAGCAGUCGGAAUUUACUCUGGGAUUGGAGGCGUGGUUGAUUUAAUCGGGCCAAUUUUAGCAGGAGCUCUCUACGAUGCUACUGAAAGCUUCGCCAUUCUUUUUUACGUCUUGGCAGGACUUUUUGUUGUGGGGUUUUUGGCAAUGCUGUCGGCGCCUCUGCUGAAGAGAAUUGAGCCUGGUGUCUACACAAGCGUGGAUACUGAACUGACCGUUUAGGGGGGAAAACAGUCAUUAUUUUAGGGACAGCCCUACACACCUGCAACCCAAAGAUCCCCAUCCAAAGUUGCUCUAGCAUAUCUCUGAGCAUGCGCACGAGCGAAACCCAAAAGUAAAGACCGCAUGAUUAUGCUGCCACCAAAUGUCAGAAAAUGUAUAAAAUACAACUUUUGUAAGACAUCUUCCUUCUUUUUAUUUUAGGGAUUUGAAAGCAAACAAAACAGGAAUCUCGAAAUGUGGAUUUUGAUGGGACUCCUCAUUUGCAAUAGGCUUGCAAGCACGUUGCAAAAUAGAAUUUUCGUACCUACGAGAACAAAAUGCACAAUUUACACAAUCUUCCUAUGGGGCACUGUUAAAAGUAGACAUUCAUGGCGCUCUCGGACACUAUCGGUUGCUUCAUUCAGUGGCGCAGCCAGGAUUUGUUUAUUUU